GGGGGGUCCCGCCCAGGCCCGCUCUAGUCCUCAGAACGUCCCCAUCAGUGUUCCCGCCGGGCCCUCGCCAGGGGACCCCCAUCACUGCUCCCCCAUAAGAGCGCUUCAGAUAUCUGCCCCAUUAACGCCCCCAUGUAGGACGGCUGCCAAAGCGCCCUCAUUAGUGUCGCUCCCCUAAAGUGCUGCCAGGGCCCUCCACUAAUGCUUUCUCAUAGGAACGCUUCUACAUAGCCUCCAGUGAUUGUUUCCUCCAAGACAGCCCCCCAAAUGCCACCAGCAUUGCCCUCCCCCAUGCAGGGCAGCUACCCGUGAACCCUCUUUCAGCCUCUGUAAGUUGCCCCCAAGGAGUGUUGCAUUAGUAUUUUACAGCAGAACUGCCCCCCCAUUAUGUCCACACAACAGUCUUUCAAAGCUCCGAAGCCCCCUCUUCAUUGGCGUAAAAAUACGUUCAAGUCUGGUCAGAAUGCUUUUUUUUCCUUCUGCACCCCCCCCCACAAUUCCCCUUGAAAAGACCCCUUUCAACACCCCCUUUCCCCCCAUAGAACAGCUCCCUCUAGAGGUGUGUUCUCACACCCACAUCUUCUCCCCCUUCAGGUAGAAACAGCUGCCAAUUUAGCCCCCGGCUCCCACUCCAUCCUUCUCUCGGUCAGCUUCUAUCUUUGGUCCUUCCUCCCACAGAGCAGUGCCCCACAGUGAGGCCUUCCCUCUCAAAAUGCACCUGCUUUGCACUAGCAAGUCUGUCCUGACCUGGCCCUUCUCACCCGGCUCUCACUCCAUCUUCCUGGACUCCCUGGAAAAGACCCCCAGCUUUACUGGGGCAUGAGCUGUUUCUUCCCCAGGCAUUCAUUCAUUCUUCAUUGAAUGGAUGUGCACUGUUCUAGGUCCAGCUCAUGCAGCCAUGAAGGAAAGAUAAAUGCACACAGUCUGUUUUUGUGGGGUUUUACAGCCUAGUUAAGGAGACAGACCAAAAACAAGUAAACAAAUAAACAAGAUAAAUGCGGUUUUCUGGAUUGUUUGAGAGUCUGGUGAGCUGCUUCAGAGGUGAAACCUGAAUUAGCACUUAGUCAUGCGAAGAUCUUGGUGAACUGUUCCAGGCAGAGGGAAGAGCAGUGCAAGGGCCCUGAGGUAGCCAUGACCAUAGAGUAGCAGGGGAGGCCUGAGAGAUUGAUCUCAGGGCCUUGGAGAUGAGGGCAUUGUGAUCAUUAUCUGGCCUUUGUCAGCUCUACCAAGCCUAGAAUGUACUUCAUUUGUUCGUUCAUUGGUCAACAGCUGUUUAAUGUGUAGGUGGCUACACACUGGGCAUGCAGCAGAGAACAAAAUAGACAAAACUCCCUCUCCUUGUGAAGUGCAUAUGCUAAUUCACAGGGCAGACAAUUGAGCAAACAAACUACAUGUAUGUGAAGAAAAUGCAGCAGGAUAAGGAUAUAGAGCUAUGGGGCUACGGUGUCACAGAGGGUGGUAGGAGGGCUUCUUUAAGAGGUACUUAUCAUUAUCUUGUCCCUCCAAAAAGCCACGUACCAAAAAAUUAUCUCCUCCUCCUGGACAGCUGUGGCCACCCAGGGGUUGCUCUUACCAGCUCCCCUCCCCCAAGACUGAAAUGAUUAAUAGGAUGAGCCCUGGAUGCCACAAGUGUUCAUAUCUCUGAGCAAACCACUCCCUCUUUUCCUAGCCUCAUUCUCACUUGUUUAACAAAUAUUUUCGAAGACGGGCACUGUGCUAGGUUCUGGGGAUAAAGCAGUGAACAAAACAUAAAAAUCCUUGUGUGCAUGGAGUUUACCUUCUAGAGGGGGAGACACCACCACCAAGACAGAAUGCAUGGUUAAUUAGUGAUGCCAACUAGUAAAUAGAAAUGAAGUAGGCUGGGGAGAGCAGGAAUGUUGGUCUGGGUGACAGGUUGCAGUGGUCAUGGAAAGCCUCACUGAGAAGAUGACAUUUGAGCAAGGAUGUGAAGGAGGGAGGGGGUGAGACAUGUAUAUGUGGAAGUCAGAGCAUUUCAGGCAGAAGCAACAGCUAAUGCAAAGGCCGUGAGGCAAGAAUGGAGCUGGCCCAUUGGAGGAGCAGCCAGGAGGCUGUGGGGGCUGUGUAGGCCAUCAUAAGGACUUUGACUUUGAGUGAGAUGGGGGUCACUGCAGGGUUUUGAGCAGAGGAGGGUCAUGGUUUGGCCUUAGUCCUUUUGUCUUUAAAUUAUCUUACAAGUUCGUUGUAAAGUUUGAUUGAAACAAGCCACAUAAAGGACCUAGUAAUAGCAUUCAGUAAAUGCUGGUGACUAGUCCUGGGGUUGGUGGUCCUAGGAAGUGAGACAAAGAACAUUUGCAGUAAAAGGUGGAGUGGGGAACCUUCCUUUAUUUUGGAGAAAUAUUGAAAGACAGCAUGUUGUAGGGGGUAAUAGCACCCACAUUGGAGAUCUACCAUUUGCCUUCAGCUCCUGGCCCUGCCGCUUGUUAGUGGUGUGACUUUAGGAGAUUAAUUUACCUCCCUGGCCCUCAGUCUCUUUCUCUGUACAACUGAGUUAAUAAUUGUAACAAUUUUCUAGGGCUAUUGGGAAGAUUCAUUGAAUCAACAUGUGUAAAGGAUUUAGAGGUGUACUUGGUAUGUGGAAAGAACUCAUUCAAUGUCACAUGUUAUUAGAUGUACUGUUAUUGUGAUUAACAGAUGAGAAUUUUAUCACAAGGCAGCUUGUUACAGGGGAAUGGCCCACAGGUCCUGGCAUCAGAGAGAGCCCCAUUUCUUCAGUUUCCCCACUUAUGGAAUGAGACCAAUAAUGGCACAGGACUAUUGUGAUGCAUCAAGACGUUCCUAUCAAACUUGUCUAACAAUAAACACGAGCUAUUAGGAUUGUGACUGUAGUUGCUGUGGGACUCCUGUCCCUUGGGACCAUUCCCCCAUCAUGCCUCUGCAGGAAACCCUCCCGUGAUACAUAUCCCCUUAGAAAGGCACCAAUGUAAGGCCUGGGCCGCCCGAAAGUGGAAAUGUCUCUUGUUUCCCUGUGGAAAUAAUCAUGAGCCUGGUCAGUUCUGUCCCCCAAGAACACCCCUGCUUCUCUGUCAGGGGCAGCCCUUUGGGCCCUCCUCAUAACCUCACUGCCCCCCAGAUUCCUUCUGGAAAACCCCCUAGAUGUCAGCUCCAUCUCUGCUAAAUGUCUCCCUCUCUUCCUAGUGGAGUUCUGGUCACCUUAAUCUCAUCCCUUCACUCAUUCAACAAAUAUUUAUUAACAUAGGCAUUUAUAGUCAUAAAUUUACCUCUGAGCACUGCUGUAGAUGCAUUUCCCAAGUGCGACACGUUUCCAUUUUCAUUCAUCUAAUUUCUUUGGUGAUUUCUUUGUGGGCCCAUUGGUGAUUUAGAAGGGUGCUGUUUCAUUUCCACAUAUCAACAGAUAUUUGUGGAACACCCAUACUGUGCCAGACGCUGUGCUAGGUGCUGGGGUACAUUGGCUAACAUAGCGGGCCAAGUCCUUGCUGUUAGGUGAGGGGGACAGACAGGAAACACCAUAAGGAGAUAGACACCAUAAGUUGGUGGCAAUAACCAUGAUGAAAAAAUGCAGCAGGAUGAGGGCCUAGCAAGUAAUUUGGGGGUGUGGGGGGGGGUGUCAUCCCUCUUGGAAGUGACAUGUGAGCAGAGACCAGAAGGAGGCACAGGAGAAGAGUCUUGAGAUCUGGAGAAGAAUGUUCCAGGCAGAGGGCAGUCUCAUCACAUCACUGUUGCUCCUGCUCAGAAUGGGUCUCGCACUCCACUCCUGGUGGAGAUGGAGGCAAAUGCGGCGGGCGGCGGAGGCGGAGGCGGCGGCAUCGGGGGCGAGGACGGGGUGCACUUCCAGAGCUACCCCUUCGAUUUCCUCGAGUUCCUCAACCACCAGCGCUUCGAGCCUAUGGAGCUGUAUGGGGAGCACGCCAAGGCGGUGGCGGCUCUGCCCUGCACCCCUGGCCCCCCACCGCAACCCCCGCCACAGCCCCCACCGCCUCAGUAUGACUACCCGCCGCAGUCUACCUUCAAGCCCAAGGCUGAGGCACCUUCGUCGUCGUCGUCUUCGUCAUCCUCGUCUUCGUCAUCCUCACAGUCCAAGAAGCCUGACCCGCCCCUGCCGCCCGCCUUCGGGGCACCCCCGCCCCCGCUCUUUGAUGCUGCCUUCCCCGCCCCGCAGUGGGGCAUCGUUGACCUCUCGGGACACCAGCACCUGUUUGGGAACCUGAAACGUGGAGGGCCAGCAUCUGGGCCGGGGGUGACUCCGGGGUUGGCCACUGCCGUGGGGACCCCUGGGCCGCUCCCCUCCCCUUCGCAGACCCCACCGGGGCCCGCCGCAGGGGCGGCCUGCGACCCCACCAAGGACGACAAGGGCUACUUCCGCAGGCUGAAGUACCUGAUGGAGCGGCGCUUCCCCUGCGGCGUGUGCCAGAAGUCCUUCAAGCAGUCAUCGCACCUGGUCCAGCACAUGCUGGUGCACUCAGGGGAGAGGCCGUACGAGUGCGGCGUCUGUGGUCGCACCUACAACCACGUAUCCAGCCUCAUCCGCCACCGCCGCUGUCACAAGGACGUGCCGCCAGCCGCCGGAGGCCCAGCGCAGCCGGGUGCGCCUCUCCCGUCGCUGGGCCUGCCCACGUCCGCUGCCACCGGAGGGGGUGCCCCCACCGUAGUACCCACUGGCCCGUCCGCCACACCCGCAGCCCCCACUGCCUCAGCCGAUGGGAACGCAGCCCCCGGAACACCAGCUGGUGUGGGGGCGCCCCCGCCAGCGGCCGGGGGCGGUGAGGGCCCCUUCGCCUGCCCGCUCUGCUGGAAGGUCUUCAAGAAGCCCAGCCACCUCCACCAGCAUCAGAUCAUCCACACGGGCGAGAAGCCUUUCUCAUGCUCCGUGUGCAGCAAAAGCUUCAACCGCAGGGAGAGCCUCAAACGCCACGUGAAGACGCACUCGGCGGACCUGUUGCGCCUGCCUUGCGGGGUCUGCGGCAAGGCCUUCCGUGAUGCCGCCUACCUGCUCAAGCACCAGGCAGCGCACGCGGGUACGGCAGGGCCCCGGCCUGUGUACCCCUGCGACCUAUGUGGCAAGUCCUACUCAGCGCCACAGAGCCUACUCCGCCACAAGGCCGCGCAUGCGCCACCCACCGCCUCCGAUGUGCCCAAGGAUGCAGCGGCCACUAUCCCGCAGCCCACGGCUGCCUUCCCCCCAGGCCCUUACCUGCUGCCGCCCGACGCCCCUGCCACUGACAGUGAGAAGGCCGCAGCGGCCGCGGCAGCUGUGGUGUAUGGCGCUGUGCCCGUGCCACUUCUGGGAGCACACCCACUGCUGCUUGGUGGUGCAGGGACGAGCGGGGCGGGUGGUGCGGGCACCAGCGGUCCUGGGAAGACGUUCUGCUGUGGCAUCUGUGGGCGUGGUUUCGGGCGCCGCGAGACCCUGAAGCGCCACGAGCGCAUCCACACGGGUGAGAAGCCACACCAGUGUCCGGUGUGUGGAAAGCGCUUCCGCGAGUCCUUCCACCUGAGCAAGCACCACGUGGUGCAUACCCGCGAGCGCCCCUACAAGUGCGAGCUCUGUGGCAAGGUCUUCGGUUACCCGCAGAGCCUGACGCGCCAUCGUCAGGUGCACCGGCUGCAGCUUCCCUGCGCCCUGGCCGGAGCUACUGGCCUCCCCUCCACCCAGGGAGCGCCGGGGGCCUGUGGCCCAGGCGCCUCAGCCACAUCUGCAGGCGCCACUGAGGGCCUGAGCUACGCGUGCUCGGACUGCGGCGAGCACUUCCCGGAUCUCUUCCACGUCAUGAGCCACAAGGAAGCCCACAUGGCGGAGAAGCCCUACGGCUGCGACGCCUGCGGUAAGACCUUCGGCUUCAUUGAGAACCUCAUGUGGCACAAGCUGGUCCACCAGGCCGCCCCCGAGCGCCUGCUCCCGGCCACUCCCGGUGGCCCGCAGCCUCCGGAUGGCUCUGGCGGCUCCGAGGCGGCCAGCGUGCUGGACAAUGGGCUGGCGGGGGAGGUUGGGGCGGCCGUGGCGGCACUGGCAGGGGUGUCAGGGGGCGAUGACGCCAGUGGGGCAGCAGGGGCCGGGGGCGGCGGGGGCACCAGCUCGGGCCCCGAGCGCUUCAGCUGCGCCACAUGCGGCCAGAGCUUCAAGCACUUCCUGGGCCUAGUCACUCACAAGUACGUGCACCUGGUGCGGCGGACCCUGGGCUGCGGCCUCUGUGGCCAGAGCUUUGCCGGCGCCUACGACCUGCUCCUGCACCGGCGCAGCCACCGGCAGAAGAGGGGCUUCCGCUGCCCUGUGUGUGGCAAGCGCUUCUGGGAGGCGGCCCUGCUGAUGCGCCAUCAACGCUGCCACACGGAGCAGCGGCCCUACCGGUGUGGUGUGUGCGGCCGAGGCUUCCUGCGCUCCUGGUACCUGCGGCAGCACCGCGUGGUGCACACAGGCGAGCGGGCCUUCAAGUGUGGUGUGUGCGCCAAGCGCUUCGCGCAGUCAUCCAGCCUUGCGGAGCACCGGCGGCUGCACGCCGUGGCCCGGCCCCAACGCUGCGGCGCCUGCGGCAAGACCUUCCGCUACCGCUCCAACCUGCUGGAGCACCAGCGGCUGCACCUGGGCGAGCGCGCCUACCGUUGCGAGCACUGUGGCAAGGGCUUCUUCUACCUGAGCUCUGUGCUGCGCCACCAGCGUGCCCAUGAGCCGCCACGGCCCGAGCUCCGCUGCCCCGCCUGCCUCAAGGCCUUCAAGGAUCCUGGCUACUUCCGCAAGCACCUGGCAGCCCACCAGGGUGGCCGGCCCUUCCGCUGCUCCUCCUGCGGCGAGGGCUUCGCCAACACCUACGGCCUCAAGAAACACCGCCUGGCCCACAAGGCCGAGGGCCUCGGGGGUCCUGGAGCAGGGGCCAGCACCUUGGCUGGGAAGGAGACCUGACCAGAGGGCUUCACAUCUGCCUCUCCACUCAGUUGUCCCCUUCCAGACUUGCCCCUCCCCCAUCCUUGCUGUUGCCCCCUUUAUCCUUCAGAACUUCAGACAGACUAGCCCCGUUCAAGGCCAUGCUGUACAAACUCAAGGCUGAAUCACUCCCAACCUCGACCUCCCUGGCCCUCUCAUCCUGUCCAACACUGAACUUGAUCCUCCAUCCGACCCCGUUUUAUAACCUCCUUCAGUCCCCCACCCCAGCAGCAUUCUCCCCCACAAGCUUCGGUGGAGAUGGGCAUGAACUGCUCAUCCCCCUUCCUUUGGGAUCUGGCUGGACAGUGGGAUAUGAACAGAGUUGGGAGGGCACAUGGGGGCCUGGGCGCUCUUUUGGAUUGUGGGGUGGGGGGUGGGGUGGCCGACGCGGCUUGUACAGAGCAGAGAUAAUAAACCUUAUC